GUGUAUGGUUCUCUUCAAGAGCAACAAGCACCAGAGAAAAAAUACGAGAAAGAGUAGGGAAAAUUGAGAAUGGAGAGUGAGAGUAAUUUCCCCUGAAAAUGGUGAUUCUUCAGCAAUGUUUUCCAGCUUUAAAUUUCAGGCUCCAACAGUUUUCCCCGGGCCUUCCACAGCACCAUUUGUGUGUGUCUGUGCCGUGCAGAGAUUUUUCCUUCAGCGCCUUUAGCUCAACACUUUUUUUUUUGCUCUCUCUACCAAAAAGUGUAAUAUUUUUUUUCUACCCUUGUGAUUUACCAAUGGAAUUUCCGUGUGUACUCUGUCCACAUACCCAAAUGUUUUCCCAUGGAGAAAAUCUCAGGGAUUUUGACCGUGUUAACAGCGUAGAAAAAAUAGCACAAGACCAAGUCAUCCUCAUGCUAAACAUCCAGAACUUUUGUAUAAGCAAAACCAAAUUCAACAAGACGAAAAUCCUAUUGAAUUACUUUCAUGACUCGUCGUUUUUUGUAACUCCAACAUUUUUUUUUGUGGGCAUCACUGUGCUAUUUUACGCAGUGAAUGCGAAAUUAAUUUUCUAGCCAUGAUCCUACAUUAUAUUUUCUGUGUGUCUUUUACAAAGUCAAAAACAGAGAAUGAUUUAUUUUUUUCAUUUUUUUUUAUUUUGCGUUUUUAAGAUGAACAAAAAAAAGAUCCGAUGACGAAUGGUAUUUUUUUAAUUUCUCUUUCCAAUUGAAUUAUUUAUUUAUUUAUAUUUUUUGUUACUUUGUGGUCUGAUAGAGAAUGAGACAAAGUCACGCUCAAUUGGGAAAUUACCUUUUGAAAUGAUUUUGGGUGUAAUUUGAUAUCAAUUUUAUAUGGAAAACAAGAGAAUUGUUGUAACGUACAUCACCCCUAUCCUGACUACUCUUAAACUCAGCUAAACGACAGAAUUACAUACAAAAGUGGAAAUAAUUAACGAUAAAGUGAUGCUGGGAAAACGGGGAAAACUUUUGCCAAAACGAUUUUAUUUCCUCAUCCUCUUCUGUGUAACAUUCACUGGGGAUGGCACAAUAUUUCCCAUUCCAUUCUCUUGAUAUCAUUCCAUUUGCUUUAAUUUGCAGUGUUUUAUUGAGUUUUUUUUUAUUCGGUGUCUAGAAAGGUGAUUUUGAGACAGAUAAAAGACCAGAAUUAAAAACGUGCAAUCGCAGCACAGGAGUAUAAAGACAAGAGUGAAAAUGAAAGGACGACACCUGAGACGUCGGUUCAGUCUCCAGCCGUCUUUCAUGAAGGACGACUGUGAAGACAGCAAACACAGGAGAGACAAAGUCCAUCGACACGAUACGGAAGAUUCAAUUGCCACAUCAAGUGUCCGCCACAAGAUCGUUGUGAUGGGUGCGGCAAAAGUGGGCAAGAGUUCCCUCAUCAACCAAUUUCUCUACAACAAAUACACACCAAAGUACAAGAGAACGGUAGAGGAGAUGCAUCAGGGGAAUUUUUCAGUAGCUGGAGUGGGACUUACCCUGGAUAUUCUCGACACAUCCGGCGCCAAUGAGUUUCCGGCCAUGAGAGCUCUCUCCAUUCAAUCAGCCGACGCCUUCAUACUCGUGUACGACGUUACGGAUGCAAAUAGCUUUUGCGAACUGAAACUCCUGCGGGACCAAAUUCACGAGACAAAGGCGACGUCUUCCGUUCCAAUUGUCGUAGUUGGCAACAAAACAGACCUCCUGAUUGAGGACAGCGAUCGACGUGAGAUGAAUCGGGAAAAUACAGAAAAUGUGGUCACAAUGGAUUGGGAAAAUGGUUAUGUAGAAUGCUCAGCGAAAGACAAUGAGAAUGUCACGGAGAUCUUCAAGGAGCUGCUGGUACAGGCCAAAAUCACGUACAAUCUCAGUCCGGCUCUCCGUCGAAGACGUCGACAGUCACUGCCUCCAAAUCAGAGUGGGGCAUCUUCUUCCGGUGGUCCUCCAGGAACUCCCCAGAGUCUCCCCCCAUCCACAUCCCAUGUGCCGUCACCGGCUCAAUUGCAGCAUCUCCAGCAGAUUCAGCAACGGUCCUUAGGUGGCAAGAGAAAUUCCUGCAUCUUAUCUUAAUCCAUUUCUGCAAAAAGCAUCAGCACAACCCACACGAGAAUUCCUUUUGAACAAAAUCCUAAAGAAAAAUUGACGAAGAUAUGGAAAAGUCUGGUGAGCAGUAGAUGUCGAUGCGGGAAAUUUUGUUGAACAAAUUAAUAUAUUGAUUUCCGCCUUCACACUCUGAUGUGCCGUUUCUUUUGAAUUCAUAUAAUUAAAUUUGUUAAUUUA